AUAACUUUCUUCGUAUUGCACGUAUGCGUUUCGUGACGAAUCACGAUUUUUGUAAAAUUUAUAUAUUACUUACUUGUGAUAAAUAAUAAUACAUUUUUGUAGAGUCUUUGUUUUAAAUUAAUAAAGCCAACCAUAAAUUUAUAUUAAUGGCUGACAGUGAUGAUGAAUACGAUCGCAAGAGGCGCGACAAAUUUCGUGGUGAGAGAGGUGCUGCUGAAGGAAGCAGUUACAGAAGUAGUGACAGGCGGGAAGAGAGAAGUAGGGGUCGAGAGGAAUGGUCGGAGAGGUCCCGUGGUGGCCGUUCUGGUCCCGACUAUAGAGACUAUCGUGGAGGUGCCAGUGCCAGCAGAGGAUAUUCACCAGUUAGGGGUGAAGGUCCACCCAGUAAACGUAUCAGACCUGAUUGGCCUGUAGAUGAUCGAAGAUAUGGAGGAAUGCCACAUGAUUCAUAUGGAUCAUAUGGUUGGGCGCAUGACCACUUUGGUCCUCAUCCAACUCACCAAGGCUAUGGUCAACCAAUGCCUCCAGUACCAGCAAGAGAUGCUGUGCUGCCAAUGGGUCCAACAGAUGGUCCUCCUACUAUGAUGACCUUCAAGGCAUUCUUAGCAGCUCAAGAUGACUCCAUUACUGUAGAUGAUGCAAUUCAAAAAUAUAAUGAAUACAAGCUUGAGUUCAGAAGGCAGCAAUUGAAUGAAUUUUUUGUUGCUCAUAAAGAAGAAGAGUGGUUCAAGAUAAAAUAUCACCCUGAAGAAUCAGUGAAGCGUAAAGAAGAACAGUUAGCUGCUUUAAAGAAUCGUCUCAAUGUAUUUCUUGAGCUUCUAGAGCAAGGUGAACUAGACAAGGUCAGUGUGGAUGUAGACAAAUCUGAAAAACUGAUACGAUUACUAGAUACUGUGGUCAUAAAACUGGAAGGUGGAACUGAAGAAGAUUUAAAAGCUCUUGAUGACCCAGCACCUGUCGAAAUUACUAAUGACAAGCCAGAUAAAAACGAUUCUGACAAAGGCCUUGUUAUUGAUGUCGACGAAAUUAAAGUCAAAGAUGAAACGGAGAACCCGGUGAAUGAUAAGGAGCAAAAGUCAGAUUCUCCAAAGCCAACAGCCCCACUUACUAUGGAGAUUGAUCCCCACCUCCGCCAACUACAAGAACAAGCUAAAUUAUUUUGUCGUUACAACUCUGCUCCUGGAACAGAACCUGAUCAAGAAGUACCAGAAAAAGAACCUCCACCACCUGGAUCUUCUUCAAGUUCCUCGUCGUCAAGUUCUUCUUCAUCGAGCUCAGAAGACGAAGGUGAAACGAACAAUCGGCGUCAAAAGUCAAAGUCGAAAUCAAAAACACCUGAAAAAUCUCCAAAACAAAAAGAACGAUCCAAGUCACCAGUUGAAAAAAUCGACGAUAAUAAAGAAAAAGACGAAAACAAUGACAACAAAUCUGACACAGCUAAUGAUGUCAUUAUAGAGAAGAAAGAAUCCCGUGCUUUACACAAAACAACUUCAAUAUUCUUAAGAAAUUUGGCACCAACUAUAACAAAGGCAGAAGUGGAAGCUAUGUGCAAGCGUUAUGGUGGAUUCCUACGUGUCGCAUUGGCUGACCCGUUACCCGAGCGACGCUGGUUCCGUCGUGGCUGGGUCACCUUCCGCAGAGAAGUCAAUAUUAAAGACAUCUGUUGGAACCUUAAUAAUAUACGGUUGCGCGAGUGCGAACUUGGCGCGAUCGUGAACCGCGACCUCCAGCGGCGAAUCCGCGCGGUGUCGGGCGUGACGCUGGAGCGCGCCGUGCUGCGCGCCGACGCGCGCCUGGCCGCGCGCCUGGCGCACCACCUCGACACGCGCACGCGGCUGUGGCGCGACGCGCGCCCCGACGGAGCCGACGACGCCGACGCCGAUCGCCCCGACGAGAACUUUAGCCUGAACUCCAAAAAUCCUGUACUUCAUAAAAUCACAGAACACUUGAUAGAAGAAGCCUCCACUGAAGAGGAGGAGUUGCUGGGCUUGGAAGCUUCCUCUGAAUCAACAACACAGGACCAACAGGACCCUGAAUUGAUUCGAGUGUUGGAUCGCCUUGUGUUAUACCUGCGCAUUGUGCACUCAGUGGACUAUUACAACCAUUGCGAGUACCCAUAUGAAGAUGAGAUGCCAAACCGUUGCGGUAUUAUGCACGCGCGUUCGGGACCACCUGCUAAUAAGCCUACUCAGCAAGAAAUUCAAGAUUAUAUCAAGACCUUCGAAGGGAAAAUGUCUGCUUUUCUCCAAGAUGUCAAACCACUUAGUGAAGAAGAAUUGCAUAAACUUGGUAUCAAAGAUCCAGAUGCUGAGGUAGAAAAAUUCAUACAAGCUAAUACGCAAGAGCUAUCUAAAGAUAAAUGGCUAUGCCCGCUCAGUGGAAAAAAAUUCAAGGGACCAGAUUUUAUAAGAAAGCAUAUCUUCAACAAACACGGAGAAAAGGUGGACGAGGUGCGCCACGAGGUGUCGUACUUCAACGCGUACGUGCGCGACGUGCGGCGCCCGCAGCAGCCCGAGCCGCCCGCGCGCGCCGCGCCGCCCGCCGCGCACGCGCCGCCGCCGCACCCGUACGGCGGCUCGGGCGGAGGAGGCGCGCGCGGCUGGGGCUGGGGUGGAUGGGCGCCGCCGCAGCCCUACGCGCCGCGACACCCGCGCUUCUCGCGACCCAGGGAAAACGUGGAUCGGUCCCGGCCUAUUAUUGCUUACAACGAUCUCGACUUCCCGGAUAGCGGUGAUAUUUUUUAAGUUUUAUUGUAACGACAUCAUUUACAUUGUAAAACAAUUGUAAAAUAAUCAUUCGGACAUAAUAGUUAAAUGAGUACAGAACAGUUGUUGAAAUCAUUGUAAUUUACAAAACAGUAAUAGCUCAUAUUAGAAUGGAUUUUAUUGAUAAAAUGGGAAUUGUUACAAAAUAUUCUAUCUUUAUUGUAAAUUGUAUUUUUUUAUUUCAAUAAGUUCUCUUUACAUUUGUAAUAAGUAUAACUAAGAAUAAAUAUAAUUAAACCUAUCUUUUAAACAUUUCUUGCUAAUAUGAAUCCCAACUCAAUAGAUACAUAAUGUAUUAAUAAUAACUUAUCAAAUAAAGUGUCCGAAAAUGAA